CGCCCGUUUAAAUAGUCCGGCUGACACAAACGCCUCAUAUUUUAUGAGGACUUACAGAAGGACCUGAACUCAGUGCUGCCAAUGUCGCCGACAGAUAAGAGAGCUGAAGAAAUAGAUGUGAUGAACAGAAGUCCGUCUGAGGAGCUUCAACAGACGAAUGGCGUUAAAGAUACAAAUGCAGACAGCCAGAAUGGUUCAGGGAACGAGGAUGAACCUCUGCUCCAGGAGAACCCCAGACGGUUUGUCAUCUUCCCCAUCCAGUACCUCGACAUCUGGAAGAUGUACAAGCAGGCACAGGCAUCCUUCUGGACAGUAGAGGAGGUUGAUUUAACCCGUGACCUGGUUCACUGGGAUGGCUUGAAGCCCGAAGAAAAACACUUUAUCUCGCACAUUCUUGCCUUCUUUGCUGCAAGUGAUGGUAUUGUCAAUGAGAACCUGGUGCAGAGGUUCAGCCAGGAGGUGCAGGUCCCAGAGGCACGUUCUUUCUACAGCUUCCAGAUCCUAAUAGAAACGGUUCAUUCAGAGAUGUACAGCAUUCUUAUCAACACUUACAUUAGAGACCCAAAGGAGAGGGACCUUUUGUUCAACGCCAUUCAGACCAUACCCUGUGUGAAACGAAAAGCUGACUGGGCCCUGCAGUGGAUCAACGACAGACAAGCAACAUUUGGUGAGCGAAUUGUGGCCUUUGCUGCUGUGGAGGGAAUCUUUUUCUCUGGUUCAUUCGCUGCCAUCUACUGGCUCAAGAAGAGAGGCCUAAUGCCUGGGCUUACCUACUCUAAUGAGCUGAUCAGCAGAGAUGAGGGUCUCCACUGUAACUUUGCCUGUCUGCUGUUCAGCUACUUGGUAAAAAAGCCAUCAGAGGACAGAGUGAAGGACAUCAUCACCAAAGCUGUUAGCAUUGAGCAGGAGUUUUUGACUGAGUCCUUACCGGUGGAUCUCAUUGGAAUCAACUGUAUUUUAAUGAAACAGUAUAUCGAGUUUGUGGCCGACCGGCUCCUCACUGACCUGGGACAAGCCAAGGUUUAUCAUGUAGAGAAUCCAUUCGACUUCAUGGAGUCAAUUUCUCUAGAAGGGAAAACAAACUUCUUUGAGAAGCGAGUGGCUGAGUAUCAGAGGUUGGGAGUUAUGUCGAGCGCCAUGGACGGAGAAUUUACUCUGGAUGCGGAUUUCUAAAGAUGAGAUUACCCUCUGUUAGGUACCUGUUACUUAUGACGUAUUUAUUUAGUUUAAUGCAGUAGCUGCAUCAAAUCUUGGUUGAACUGCACCCCAUCAUUUGAUAGUAGUACUGUGAAUAAUGAUAAUAUUAGUCAAUUUACUGCUGGUAUCUGUAGAUUACAAUAAAUGAUACAGAGAAGUCCUUUUACUGUCUUCUUCUGACACUGGGGUUGCGCCCGAUGGCCAUUUUUGUUGAUAACCAUUAGGUCAAAAUUAGAUAAAAGUGUAAAGAAUUUAACACAGAACGUUAGUGAAGUCCAAUUAACUCUCCCUUUUUUUGCCUACAGGUGGCCUUUCAACACAGUUUGAAUUGCCCUGUUCAAUGAGUUAAGAUUGGUCAUACGAUGUUUCGUUUAAAUAUAAUUCCAAUUGUAAAUCCAGCAAAAGUUCUUCUUAAUAGAACAAAACACUUAAAAUAGCAGAAUUAUGUAUACUGGUUAACUACCCUUAUAUUGUCACAAAUAUAAAUGUUUGAUUUGAUCUAAAAGAUAUUGGAAACUGUCACACAAAACUGAAAGAUAUUUUUAACAUUGUAGAUUAAGAAAACAUGUUAAUAAAGGAGGUAAAAUGUGGAGUUACCUUAUUAAAUUAGUUUGGUACUUAAAACCAUAAAUGGAUUUAUUUAUACAGUUCAUAUAUUCCCAUCUUAAAUACAUGCUAGGUUCUACUUAAAUAAAUGUUUUGAUUCAGGCAUAAGAAAGUGUCAGUUUUAUACUUUGCAGUUUUAUUUCUUUAAAAAAAUGGAAUAUGUAAAUUAUGAAAUGUGUGUUUCUGACAGUUUUAUUGUAUAUUAAAAUGUUUUCUAA